AUGGUCCAAAUUCAAGGUAUCGAGGGUAUGCAGUAUUCUCGGAAGGGCACUAGCGCUGAGCAGUUGGAUUACGCCUACUUCAACCAGCAAUACGCGACCUCAACCUAUCGGGAAGACCAUGAUAUGUAUCCGGAUCUCAUUAUUCAACCGAAGGGAGACAACGACGUUGUGAAGAUUGUAAACUGGGCCAGUGAUAACGAAAUUGCCGUUGCUGUAAAAAGUGGUGGUCAUCAGUACAGCGGUGCCUCGUCCACAAGCGGCAGAAAUAUCCAGAUCGAUCUUUCAAAUACGUAUAGAGAUUUGAUGGUUGUGCCGCCUUCCAACCCUGCUGACAAUGAUAAAACGCAUGUCUUUGUCGGCGUAAGCAAUUUCAUCAAGGACUUGAACGCAUAUCUCAGACACAACGGCCUUUUUGUUCCUCACGGUCAAUGUGCUUAUGUUUGUGUUGGUGGCCAUGCUCAGACAGGAGGAUACGGUCAACUUGGUCGAAGUUUUGGACUGUUUGGCGAUCACGUUAGGGCGAUUCGUAUGGUUGACCACGACGGUAUCAUUCGAGUCGUCACCAAGGCCAAUGAUAAUGACCUGUUUUAUGCCAUACUAGGAGGCAGCCCGGGCAACUUUGGCAUCAUCACUCACUACGUAGUCGAAGUGUACCGGGCUGCCGACUAUAUUGGAACUGUUGCCGGUCCACACAACAUUAAAGGACCAUAUGGCCUCAAAGGGCUCUGGAUCUACUCCCCAAAAGUGUUAAAGAAACUCAUAACGGCUGUUGCCGAAAUGGCCGACGAGCCAGACUUUCCACGCGGCUACGAUCUAUGCGUUAGCGUGUUGAGUACGGAUUUCCCAAUCACCAAUCUGUUCCCGGAAUUGAACAACGCCAAUUUAUGGCAACAGCUGCAGAAUAAGAUCAAGAAACUCUUGGCGCACGAGUUUCUCGACUGGCUCAAUGGACGGUUUCCCGCAGUCAUCGUCCUGUUCGCACAGUGGUGUCCAACCAACAAGGAUGACAAGUACGACACAAACGUUGAUAAGUGGUUCCAGACGUUCCGUGAUCUCGAUAAUUUCUUCACAGAUGAAACACUGCAGCUGACCACGCUCGAGGAAGACAUGUCUCAGAUGACAGGUGAAUGGAUCUUCCCAAAAGAGCGCGAAUUUGACCUACCCUACGUCAAGCGGACGUACUCUACAGACUCUGGGACUCUGAUUAAGGACAAAUGGGUUGAUGCCUUGGUUGGCCGCGUGGAUCUGAUUUAUAACCCAAGCCAGUACCUUGAGGGUAAACCAGGCGAGAAGAACUACGAGCGCUACCUCAGCUGUAAGCUCUCCGUACAAGUACAGUGCUUCGGCGGCAGACAGUCUCGUUUCAACACCAACAAGUACAAUGGGACCUCCUACAGCUGGAGAGACACCACUGUCAUGCAGGUUAUAGACUGCUUCCACAACCCGGACAGUGACGCCAAGUCCUACGCCGAGGCUUGGCAGGCAAAGAAUGACUCUAUUAUGGUAGGACCACAAAGCCCCUUCAGUAAGCAGGAUAGGCGCCUACUGUGGGGUUCAUACGGAGACUGGAACCUAGGAAGCGAGAAUGUUUGGAGGUGCUAUUACGAAGACAAGGAAAAGUACGAAAAGCUGGGCAGAUCGAGGGCCAGAGCUGAUCCUCACGGCACUUUCACCCCAAAUCCCUUCGCUGUAUCUCCAGUUUUCCUACCAAAAUGA